AUGUCUGCAACCUACGGCUCUGUGCUCGUUGCCCUCUACGACUAUGCCCCUCCGGCUGGCACCGAAGAUGAGGUUGCGAUUAAAGAGGACCAGCUGUUGUUGCUCCUAGAUGGCUCCGAUGACGAGUGGUGGAAGGUUAAGAUCAAGACAAAUUCCCAGGAGGACAACGGUGAUUCUGGACUUGUUCCCAAAGCAUAUGUCGAAGAAGCCAAGCCUAUUACCUCUGCAAAGGCACUCUACGAUUACGCUGCUAAUGGCGACGGGGAGUUAUCUAUCACUGAGGAUGAAUCGCUUUUAGUAUUUGAUCAAGAGACCGAGUGGACUCUCGUCAAGAGCACCAAGCCAGGGGGCAAGGCAGGUUACGUACCCGCAACGUAUAUUGAGCUGUCCGGCUCUGUUAAAGAGGAAGAAAGUGCAGUUGCUGCCCCGGUCCUUCCACCACCUGCUGCGGUACCUCGAACUUCAUACACUGAUCCCACCGAACUUGUUGCGGCAUCCCACACGAAAGCGCGUAGCGACCCUGUGGAGACAUGGAGUGUGUCUAUACUCGACAAGAAAGACAAGAAGAAGAAAGGUACCCUCGGGGUUGGGAAUGGUGCCAUCUUCUUUUCGUCCGAGUCUGAUAAGACACCGGUUCAACAGUGGCAGACAUCUGCAGUGGUGACUGUUACCUCAGAUAAGGCCAAACACGUAGAUAUUCAAAUUGCUUCUGGGGGCGAAAUCACCACUCUACGCUUUGUUGCCAGCUCUCGGGAUGUCUCUGAAGCUAUUUUGCAAAAGGUUGAAGCCAGUAGAAGCAUAGCUAAUUCUGGCUCCGGUUCGACUCCAACAGCUCCCAUACCCGACCCAAUCAACACCGAGGUUCCGAAACAUCAUAAGAAUGGCGCUAGCGUUCGAUUUGCCAAGUCUCCUGAUUCUGUUAUUCCCAACCCCGAGGAUGACGAUGACGACGGCCCCCUUGGAGAGCAAGCUAGCGCGCUCUACGACUUCACAGCCCAAGCUUCGGACGAACUGAGUGUCAAGGAAGGCGAGACUCUGAUUGUUAUCAAUCGUGAGGAGAGCGAAGAGUGGUGGAAAUGCAGGAAUAUGAAAGGCGAAGAGGGCGUUGUUCCCAGUUCUUACAUUGAACUUCAAGGUAGUUCUACACUUGCCCGCUCACAGUCACAAGACGAUGAAGAUGACACUACCACAGAGUUAACUACGUCCAAUGCUGCGGAACAACAAGCUGCUGCAAUGGCGGAGCAGAGGCGCCUGGAAAAGAUCAAAGAGCGCGAAGAGGCAGAGCGUAGAGCUGCAGACGAGAAGAGACGGAAGCGCGAACAAGAACGUACAGAGGCGGAGGCGAGGGCUCGUGAACUCGAGCGUCUAGAGCAGCAGAGACUUGAGAAAGAAAAAGCCGCCAAACAAGCUGCCAGGUCCUCCACAGGUACUCGUCCGUCUACUGAUUCUGAGCCGCGAAGGUCGAACAACGGUCCUCGGCCUGGGAAAACUCGAAUCUGGCACGAUCGUACUGGUCAGUUCAAGGUUGAAGCCGAAUUCCUUGGAAUCGAGAACGGCAAAAUUAAGCUACACAAGUCCAACGGUGUAAUCAUCGAUGUGCCUUCGGCCAAGAUGUCUCCUGAAGACAUGGCAUAUGUCGAGAAGCUUAUCAAUGCUGGCAAGAGUCCCGCGACUGCCCCAGAUGAUGAUAACGUGCCCCUGUCAGUCAUUGCUGAACGCCGCAACUCGCGUCCUCCUUCCACGCCUUCGCGACCGGUUCCACAGCAGCCCAAAAAGCCACAGAUCGAUUGGUUCGAUUUCUUCCUCAGCGCUGGCUGCGAUAUGGAUGAUUGCACACGCUAUGCUGCUUCGUUCAAUAGGGAUAAGAUCGACGAGUCGAUUGUCGCUGAUAUUAAGGAUUCUACUCUGCGUUCGUUGGGCCUGCGCGAAGGAGAUAUCAUUCGUGUGAUGAAGGCGAUUGAGAAGAAGGGCUGGAAACACGAAGACGACUCUGCUCGCCGAGAACAAAUGCGCAAGGACGAAGAGUUGGCACGGCAGCUACAGGCCCAAGAGAAUGCUGCGUCUCCCCGCCGCUCAGCUACGACCAGUCCCGCACCGAAUUUGUUCACUGGGCCAAAUGGUCAGCUCAAGAAUACUCGCAGGGGACGCCCGCCUCCAUCGAGUAAGACCGCUCCAAUUGCAGUCGAUGGCAGUGUGCUCGGAAAUACUGGGUCUAUUUCCCGUGGUGGUACUCCGCAGAUCACUAGCCCUACGGGAGGUGUCCUUACAAGUUCCCCAACUGCUGCGAAUGAAGAACGUUCUACCGCUCCCAUUGCUGCUCCUGUGGCCAGUGGGUUUGAUGACGAUGCGUGGACCCCUAGGCCCAGCAGCGCAAAGCCAGCCUCUCCUGCUCCAGCUGUUGCGCUGUCUCCUCCCCCCGCUCCUGCACCUGCUCCCCCUGCACCUGCACCUCCGCCUCCUGCGCCUGCACCGCCUCCCGCCCCAGUUGCGCCCGUCGCGCCUGUAGCACCUACGCCGCCACCAGCACCACCAGCACCAGCACCAGCUGCCGUGUCAGUCCCUCCGGUCGCUUCACCCCCGAUUCAACGACCUGCUACUACGAACCCUCCUGCAGCACCAAUUUCGCAGCCCGCGUCUUCACAAUUUGAUAUCCUCGCAAAGAUCCAGCAGAUGCGUCCUCCAUCAGCCCCCAUUGUAUCACAACCAACGGGAAUGCAGUCACCGGGCACCGUUCCUUCAAGUUUCCAAGUUGGAUUGGGGAUGGGUAACUCGCCCGCACCUAUAGGCCAGUUGCUCACCGCCCAGCAAACAGGCAUCUUGGGACCCCGCGGUCCACCUGCACCCAUUCCCGCGAAUCAAUCAUUGCUGACGCCACUAAUCCCGACUACUAGUGGAUUCAAUUCGUUUGUGCCUACCCGCCCUGGCUCGACUCCGUCCUUUGGUGGAUUGCAAUCCCAACCGACCGGGUUCCAGCCUUCUCAACCAAGCUUUUUACAAAGUCAACCGACUGGGUUCCAACCGUCACAGCCAAGUUUCCUUCAGUCACAGCCCACAGGCUUCCAGCCUUCUCAGCCUAGUUUCUUACAAUCUCAACCUACCGGGUUCCAACCUUCACAGCCGAGUUUCCUGCAGAGCCAGCCUACCGGAUUCCAACCCAACCAACCCAAUUUCAUGCUACCGCAACAAACUGGGUUCUCGCCCAGCCCGAUGGCUUCACAAUCACCGCCUCUCAGCAUGCAGCCAACGGGUAUGGGCGGGAUGUUCAAUGGUGGUGGAUUCCAACCACAGUCUCAACAAAACUCUUUCAAUUCACCACCGAGCAACGCGCCCCCACAGAAUAACUUGUCAGCGGCAAAUGUAUUUGCCUCCAUGAAAGCUGGGACCUUCGCUGGAGGUAACACUAGUGAUCCUCAAUCUGCAGAUAAAUACGAUGCUCUUCGCCAACCGACCGGUGCCAACUUUAUGGCUCCUCAGCAAACUGGAUUUGGAUUUCAACCUCAAAACCAGUUCCAGCCUGGUUUCAAUGGCUAUCGAUAG